CGUUCAGGCAUUUCAUCGAGCAAUUCGAGGGCGCGGCGCAUCUGAAGCGGCGAUGGGGCCUCUGGUGCUCGUUUCUCAGCUGGCGACCGGGCUGGGGGUCCUGGCCGGCGCGGCGGCGGUGAAGUCGGCGAUGGAGGGCUGGCGGCCGAUGGCCGGCGGCGGCCGGUGGCCGCGGUGCGAGACGUGCAACGGCACCGGCCGCGUGAAGUGCCUGUGCUCGCGGUGGUCCGACGGGGACGACUCCGGGUGCCGCUCCUGCGCCGGUUCGGGGAAGGUGGCGUGCAGGAGCUGCGGCGGGUCGGGGACGGGGCGGCCGCUCCCGGUUCGAGUUCCCAUGCGCACCGGCCGCGCCCCCUGAUGUACAAGAAGCAUAUAUAUAUAUAUAUAUAUAUAUAUAUAUAUAUUCUGACAGAUAACCGUCUGGUGGCGCGCGGCCGCCGGCGACGGCCAUAAUUUUGGACUUCAAUUCCUUCUCCUUGUUCUCGCUGACAAAAGAAUUCAACAGUAGAAUUUAAUGUAACUUUUUGGUCAGUCGAUGCAUGCCGUUCUCUUCCUUCUCCCUUCCAAGUUUCAA